GCGACCGCAGAGAAACCUGCUUCGCGCCAAGCAUUUGCGGGAAUUUCUUUUACUUCUUUGACAACAAGCCUGAGCCCAAACUACCAAAAGACGAGUCCACAAUGGACAUCAGGCGGUUCUUUGCACCGACAGCAGUGAAGCCUUCGGUGCAGAAACAAAAUGGAAACCACAAAACAGACGAGAAGAAAAUUAAUAGUCCUCUUUCUUCAGACGAGGAGGUGAAAAAGAGAAAGAAAGAGACCACAAAGGUCAAAAGCCCCAAAAUGGAGGCGAAACGCAAGAAUAGUGAGAAAAAACGGAAGAAGCAUGCAGUCAUAGAAUCAGACUCAGAGGAGGAGAAGCCUGCACGAAAGUCAAAAAAAUCUCCCAAAGAGAAACAGAAGACCAACAAGGCAGAGCCCCCUCCCAAAAAAGAUCCUGUGCAGUACGUCUCUGAAACAGACUCAGACAGUGACAACUUUCAGUCCUUGAAGAAAUCCUCGAAAUCCAAGCAGAAUGGCACCACCAAACCGACAAAGUCAAAUGCAGACAGUGCUCGUCGAGAUGUCAAAGAGGGGGUGAAGUCACCUGUCAGGACCUCCUCUGCUCAGGGGAAAACUACGGUGAAGUCUCCCUCUGUGCCUGCCACUCCGAAGUCAGCUCCGCCUCCUCAGCCCAAACACACCCCCACCUCAGUGCUCGACUACUUCGGCAGCACGACUGUUCAGCGCUCGGAGAAGAAACUGGUGGUCAGCACCAAACGGAAGGCGCCAACUCUGGACACAGACGAGCUCAGUGAUGAGCAAAUUGCCCAACAGCUGCAGUUGGAUGAGGACAUGGAGCUGGAAAAGCAGGUCCAUGAAGACGAGGAGUUUGCCAGAACUUUGGCCAUGCUGGAUGAGGAGCCACUGGCGAAAAAGGCUCGCAAAGACUCAAAACAAGACCAUACCGCAUCUCAGAAAAAGAGCAGCCCAUCAAAGACCAACCGAAAGGAUAGUAUGUCGGAGGAUGUGAUUAGUCCAUCUCCGAAGAAGAACCCCGCUCCUGUCAAAGCCAGCUCCAAACUGGCUAUGAUGAAGAAAAAGGAUGACGAGAAAGAUAAAGGUGCAAAGAGUCAAACACCCAUUUUGGCCACGAAAAUUAAAAUCUCUCCCAAAAAAGAACCCCUCGCUUCGACGAGCUCACCCGUGAAGUUUACACCCAAGACAGCACUUAAAACUUCUCCCACAAAAACAGAGUCUGAGCAGAGUACAAGUCCCAACGACGCAGAGAAGAAGAAAGUCAACUCUACAGCUUACAGGAACUUCCUCAACAGAGAGGGACCACGAGCUCUGGGCUCUAAGGAAAUCCCAACGGGAGAAGAAAACUGUUUAGAGGGCUGUGUGUUUGUGGUGACGGGGGUCCUAGAGUCAAUGGAGAGAGAUGAUGCCAAAUCCCUCAUUGAGCGCUACGGAGGCAAGGUGACGGGCAACAUCAGCAAGAAGACCACUUACCUGGUGCAGGGCAGAGACAGCGGAGUGUCAAAGCUCGAGAAGGCGGAGAGUUUGGGUACCAAGAUCAUUAAUGAAGAUGAUCUACUGGAGCUGAUCAGAACCAAACCGGGAAAGAAGUCCAAGUACGAGAUCGCAGCAGAGGCUGAGAGCAAAGCCUCAAAGACCAGGACUCCCCCCAGCCAGACCUCAAGGAGCACCCCCAAAGCCCAGAAGAUCUCUCCCUCUAAGGGUAACUCCAGGUCCCCUCACACCCCGAGUCCAUCAAAGACUGGCCUCACACAAGGGCACAGAGCCAGGACUGAACAUGGUCGCACCCCACCUGGAAGAGGCUCAGGUCACAUGGUCCAGAGGGGGCUGGGCCUUUCUUCUCCUUCCUCUUCAUCUUCAGCCCCAGAACCAUCAUCCCCAUCAACUACUGGGGAGGGUGUCAGUCUGCUGUGGGUGGACAAGUACCGCCCAAACUCUCUGAAGGCUGUGAUUGGCCAGCAGGGGGAGCAGAGCUGUGCCAAUAAGCUACUCCGCUGGUUGCAGAACUGGCACAAACACCACAGCGGGAAUGCCUCCAAGCCAGCAGCAGCAAGGUUUGGUAAGUUUGGAGGUGGGAAAGAUGAUGGAUCAAGCCACAAAGCUGCUCUGCUCUCUGGACCUCCGGGAGUGGGGAAGACCACCACUGCUGCUCUCGUCUGUGAGGAGUUGGGCUUCAGCUACGUGGAGAUGAACGCCAGCUGCACUCGUAGCAAAAACAGCCUGAAACAGGUCGUCGCAGAGUCGCUCAACAACACUAGCAUUGAGACCUUCUAUAAAGGCACGUCUCAGACAGUGAGCAGUAAACACGUCCUGAUCAUGGAUGAGAUUGACGGCAUGGCUGGCAACGAGGAUCGUGGAGGAAUCCAGGAGAUGAUCGGCCUGAUCAAGCAGUCCAAGAUUCCCAUCAUCUGCAUGUGCAACGAUCGUAACCACAUGAAGAUCAGGUCACUGGCCAACUAUUGCUUUGAUCUGCGCUUCCAGAGGCCGCGAGUGGAACAGAUUAAGGGAGCUAUGAUGUCCCUCGCUUUCAAGGAGGGUAUCAAGAUCCCGCCUCCGGCUCUUAACGAAAUAAUCCUAGCCUCCAAUCAGGAUGUCCGACAGGUGAUCCACAACCUGAGCAUGUGGUCGGCCAAGGACAAGGUGAUGACGUAUGACCAAUGCAAGUCUGACGCAGCCAGUGCCCGCAAGGACAUGAAAAUGGGGCCUUUUGACGUUUGCAGGAAGGUGUUUAUCUCAGGAGAGGAGAAAUCCCAGAUGAGCCUCAUCGACAAGUCGGACCUCUUUUUCCAUGACUACUCGCUAGCGCCACUUUUCGUCCAAGAGAACUACGUGCAUGUUCGGCCAGCUGCUGCUGGCGGUGAUCUCAAGUCCCACCUGGUGUUGCUCAGCAAGACCGCUGACUCCAUCUGUGAUGGAGACCUGGUGGACAGACGCAUCCGCUCUGGGCAGAACUGGUCACUGCUGCCCACCCAGGCCAUGUAUGCCAGUGUGAUACCAGGCGAGCUCAUGAGAGGCUACAUGAGUCAGUUCCCUACUUUCCCCAGCUGGCUCGGCAAAUACUCCUCCACCAACAAACAUUCCCGCAUCGUCCAGGAUCUGGCCUCACAUAUGGGUUUAAAGACGUUGAGCAGCAGGCAGGCGGUGAACCUGGACUACCUGUACUACUUGCGGCAGUCGCUGUUGGCCCCACUUCAGCAGGACGGAGCAGAGGGCGCCAGUCAAACUGUGCAGCUGCUGGACGACUAUCAGCUCGUCAAGGAGGACGUCGACAGCAUCAUGGAGAUUAGCAUGUGGGGCGGACAGCCAGACCCCUACUCCAAACUGGACUCUAAGGUGAAGGCAGCUUUCACACGCGCCUACAACAAAGAGGUUCACCUGACGCCGUACUCCCUGCAAGCAGUGAAGAAGGGUCGUCGAGGCGGCGGCGGCGGUGGAGAGUCGGAGCUGGGAGGGGAGGACAUGGAAAAAGAAACUCAGGAGUCUGAGGACGAAGGUGACAGCCUCAAAGCUGACGCCAUGAUCAAACAGAAGAAAACCAAACCCACCAAGGAGUCAAAGAAAGAGGAUUCUGGGAAGGGGAAGGGUAAAGGCAAAGGCAAAGGCAAGGCUAAGAAAUGACAACUGACCAGUGAAACAAAACAAACUGUCCCAGUCUGCACUUCCAUCGAUCCUUUAACAAACCUCACAAAGUCAUGAAAGUGGUCUUAAACCCUGCAGGUAACUCAUCUGUCCCCCAUCCAAACACUUGACUCUAAUCACACCGCUGUGAAAUGACUGUAUUUCCUGUUUUAUACUUCCUGUUACAUUUCCAUCAGAUUCUCUACAUGGCAUCCGUUAUCAUGUUUGUCUGUUAGUAACAAAUCAGGACUGUGUUAUAUUUCCUCAGCCAUGUAUUUGUAGUCCAAGUGUUGAAUCUGUAAAUAAUGUGACUUUUUUACUAUGGUAUUACUUCUGCUUUUGCCCUACAGUUAGCACUGAUGACCAUUU